GAUGCGGCUGGGCCGCCGGGCCCUCUGUGCGGCCGUCCUGCUGCUCGCCUGCGCCUCGCUCGGGCUCCUGUACGCGAGCACCCGGGGCGCGCCGGGCCUCCGGGGACCUCUUGCGCUGUGGACGCCCCUACAGGGCAAGCCCAGGCCAGAACUGCUAGGUCUUGUCCCUGAGCCCAGAUACGCACACAUCCCGGUCAGGAUCAAGGAGCAAGUGGUGGGGCUGCUGACUGCCAACAAUUGCAGUUGCGAGUCCAGUGAGGGGAGCCUUCACCUCCCCUUCCAGCGGCAGGUCCAAGCCUUUGACUUCACCAAGGCCUUUGACCCUGAGGAGCUGAGUAGUGUGUCUGCCUCGAGGGAGCAGGAGUUCCAGGCCUUCCUUUCAAGGAGCCAGUCUGCGGCCGACCAGCUGCUCAUAGCCCCUGCCAACUCCCCGCUGCAGUACCCCCUGCAGGGCGUGGAGGUCCAGCCCCUCAGGAGCAUCUUGGUGCCAGGACUGGGCCUGCAGGCCACUUCUGGUCAGGAGGUAUACCAGGUGAACCUGACUGCCUCCUUGGGCACCUGGGACGUGGCAGGGGAAGUAACCGGAGUGACUCUCACUGGAGAAGGGCAGCCAGAUCUCAGCCUCGCCAGCCCAGGGCUGGACCAACUCAAUCGGCAGCUGCAGCUGGUCACUUACAGCAGCCGAAGCUACCAGGCAAACACAGCAGACACAGUCCGGUUCUCCACUGAGGGACACGAAGCUGCCUUCACCAUCCGCAUAAGACACCCACCCAACCCUCGGCUGUACCCACCUGGGUCUCAACCCCAGGGAGGGGAGACUGCCCAGUACAACAUCAGCGCUCUGGUCACCAUCGCCACCAAGACCUUCCUUCGUUACAAUCGGUUACGGGCACUCAUCACCAGCAUCCGCCGCUUCUACCCAACGGUCACAGUGGUGAUCGCCGAUGACAGUGACAAGCCAGAGAGCAUCAGAGGUCCCCACAUCGAGCACUAUCUCAUGCCUUUUGGCAAGGGCUGGUUCGCAGGCCGGAACCUGGCCAUAUCCCAAGUAACCACCAAGUACGUGCUGUGGGUGGACGAUGACUUCGUCUUCACGGCGCGGACGCGGCUCGAGAGGCUUGUGGACGUGUUGGAGCGGACGCCGCUGGACCUGGUCGGGGGCGCGGUGCGCGAGAUCUCCGGCUUCGCCACCACCUACCGGCAGCUGCUGAGCGUGGAGCCCGGCGCGCCAGGCCGCGGGAACUGCCUCCGGCAGAAGCGCGGCUUCCACCACGAGCUCGUCGGCUUCCCGGGGUGCGUGGUCACCGACGGCGUGGUCAACUUCUUCCUGGCGCGCACUGACAAGGUGCGCGAGGUCGGCUUUGACCCGCGCCUCAGCCGCGUGGCGCACCUGGAAUUCUUCCUGGAUGGACUCGGUUCUCUUCAAGUGGGCUCCUGCUCAGACGUCGUUGUGGACCACGCAUCCAAGUUGAAGUUGCCCUGGACCUCAAGGGAUGCGAAGGCAGAGACUUACGCUCGCUACCGUUACCCAGGAUCGCUGGAUGAGAGUCAGGUGGCCAAACAUCGCCUGCUGUUCUUCAAACACCGGCUCCAGUGCAUGACCUCAGAGUGAUGGCCACCUGGGGCCUUUCGGCUGUCAGACUGGCCUGCCUCCUUGUCCCUGCCAGGAAUUCCUAGCAAACCCCACCGGCCAGUGACCACUCCGCUGACUGUCCCCGUCUCCUUCAGAACUUGAUCCCAAACAGGGACUUGUCCUGGUGUCACUCCUUUCUGCAAGUGCCCAGGGGCAUGAUGGAGCCAUAACUUGUCCCACAGCCAGUGCCAAGUCCUCCCCCCCUACCCCUUCCCCUAGGGCAGGAAGUGGGGGGUUGCUUUUCAAGUGCCAAAGAGCCCAAAGGGGGCCUCUAAAAACCUAAAGCAGAAAUCCUCUCCUCUCGCCUCCUUGGUACUGAGGGGUUGGGGAAGCCCCCUAUGUAGCCCCAGGGCUGUGCCCCGCUCUCUGGAUCCAGGACUCCGCACUGGCUGCAGCCUCACCCCCAUGGAAAGAACGCAGUUGGAAUGGGGGCUGCUGAACACACAGGGGAAAGCCAUUCUUAGCUGUGUCUUUGCAAUGCUUUGGGAGUGGAGGAAGGGCACCGAGGGUCCAUGUGCAGACACCCAGACUCAUUUCAUGAACCCCA